AUGGCGCGUUUCAAACAGAUCGUGGCGCACUGCACGGUGGACGACGAGGCCGCCCUCGAAGAUUUAUACCAGAAAACAUGGUACAAAUCACCUUUUCAUAAAGAACUUCGCAGAAACAGACCCCUCACCCUUGAGGACGCGCUCCACAAAUCAAACAUCUUCAUCGCGGAAGAAGAAGAAGAAGCCGCCAAAGAUCGGCAAUAUUCAGCGUCAAAGCCCGGCCAGACCUUGCCCACCAAAGAUAAUUCGGAAACGAAAGUCCAGUCCGGCAAACCACGCGGAGUAGUGAACCAGGCAAGACCGUCGAGCCAAAAGUCAGGACGCCCACCGAAAUCUUGGAACACAUGGCAUAAAGACGAUGAUACGCCGCUAAACGAACGUUUUUGCGAGUACCACGAGCGAUAUGGGCAUAGCACGGAGGAAUGCCGACAUCUGAGGGACUUCUUACUUCAACAGUUCUGCAAGGGUGAGAUCGACACCGCAGACCUGCCUAAGCCGGGACGCCGGCGGCCGAACCCACGACCAAACAAACCCGGCAAUCAAGAAGCUACUAGGGCAGCCGACUCAGAUGAAGAACAGGUUGCUCCCCCUAAACGAGACCGCGAAGCACCGAAUAGAGAGACGAACGUACCCAAAACCAGGAAAAAGGUCAAUUUGAUUAUGGGAGCCCUCGAAUCAUGCAGUUAUUCCGUCCGAGCCCUCAAAGAGUACAGUCGGCAAGCAUCGAGUUCGCGACCCCAGACAACGGUCACAACCGUACCACUGUUAUUCACCGAAGCCGACCUGCGGGGAGUACAUAUGCCUCAUAACGAUUGCCUCGUCGUGGAACUUCAGCUCGGAGACGUCGAAGUGAGCAGGAUAUUAAUCGACACGGGGAGUUCGGUAAACGUUAUAUUCAAAGAGACACUCAAGAAUAUGGAUUUUCCGGAUUCCGAGAUCAAGCCUUACAUGGAAUCAUUGACCGGGUUCACCAGAGAGAAAACAAGGACAGUGGGAAUGGUGAAGAUACCCAUUUAUGUCGGCGGGUCAGCCCGAAUGAUCAAAUUCUUGGUCCUCAACAAACCGGCGAUAUAUAAUGCGAUUUUGGGAAUGCCAUGGCUGUUCGACAUGAAGGCCGUCGCUUCAACAUUCCAUCAAUGCGUCAAGUUCCCGACCCCGUCAGGGAUUUUCACCCUCAAAGGAAGCCAGACUGCGUCCCGGUUAUGCCAUCUGAACGAAUGCAAACUCAGUCUCGCACGGACAUGCGUCAUCAGCCCCUUUCAGGAAGAUCGUGCGGCCGCAGUAAGCCAGUUUGGCCCACCCAAACAGAGCCAAGUCGACCAAGUCUGCAUUGAUCCGACAGAUCUAGAAAAAUGUGUCGGCAUAGGGGCCGAGCUCGACAACAAUAUUCGGGAAGCACUCGUCAGCUUCCUCCAGAAGAACGUCUCCAUAUUCGCAUGGAAUAUCAGCGACAUGCCCGGAAUCAAUCCAGACAUCACAUGCCACGAGCUAAAUAUCGAUCCUACAUAUAAACCUAUCAAACAGAAGAGACGAAAGCUCGGACCCGAGAAAGCGCAAGAGGUUAACGAUGAGGUCAAAAAAUUGCUCAAAGCCGGUUCGAUCACGAAAGUUCGAUACCCGGACUGGCUAGCAAACCCAGUAGUCGUGAGGAAAAAGAAUGGAAAGUGGAGGAUCUGCGUCGACUUCACCGACUUGAACAAAGCUUGCCCCAAAGAUAGUUUCCCACUGCCACACAUUGAUCGGUUGGUAGAGGCAACUGCCGGCAACGAACUGUUAUCUUUCAUGGAUGCCUUCUCGGGGUAUAACCAAAUCCUAAUGCAUCCGGACGAUCGGGAAAAGACUUCGUUCAUCACGGAUCGAGGAAUCUACUGCUAUAAGGUCAUGUCGUUCGGUCUCAAGAACGCGGGAGCCACGUAUCAAAGACUUGUGAACCGCAUGUUCGCCAGUCAGCUCGGAAAAAUGAUGGAGGUGUACAUUGACGACAUGCUGGUGAAAUCCCUGUACGCUAUGGACCACAUAUCUCACCUAUCAACGUGUUUCGACAUUCUGAACGAGUACGGGAUGAAACUCAACCCCACCAAGUGCACUUUCGGCAUAACAGCGGGCGAGUUCCUGGGUUACAUCGUCACCGAGCGCGACAUCGAAGCUUACCCAAAGCAGAUAUCCGCAGUUCUAGACCUACCUUCCCCGACUUCAAAGAGGGAAGUGAGAAAACUCACAGGCCGAAUCGCCGCUCUGAACAGAUUUAUCUCCAGGUCGAUGGAUAAGUGCCUACCUUUCUACCAGUUUUUGCGAGGUAACAAGCAUCAUACUUGGAGCGCCGAAUGUGAAGACGCCUUCAAGCAGCUGAAAACGUAUCUCUCGACUCCCCCCAUUCUAGCUAAGCCCGAGAACGGCAAGAUGCUAUUCUUUUAUAUCGCUAUUUCCGCAUCGGCGGUUAGCAGUGUUCUAGUCCUCGAAGAUAGGGGGAACAACUCUCAUUCGAUCACAAUCUUGACCGACCAGCCGCUCCAAAACAUUCUACACAGUCCAAGCCAAUCAGUUCGCCUCGCGAAAUGGGCCGUCGAACUAAGCGAAUACGAUAUAGAAUACAAGAAACGAACCAGCACGAACUCCCAAGUACUCGCUGACUUUCUGAUCGAGCUCCCUAAAGAGUUCGUUGUCGAACAACCGCUCUGUGAACUAUGGAUUCUGCAUGUCGACGGAUCGUCCUCACACCGGGGAUCAGGUGUCGGAAUCCGCCUAAAAUCUCCAAACGGCGAAAUCCUUGAACAUCGUUCCGCCUUGAGUUCCCAGCAUCCAACAAUGAGUCCAAAUACGAAGCUCUACUUGCCGGACUGCGAUUGGCUAGAGAACUCGGCGUGCGACAUCUUCACGCUUUCUGUGACUCGCAGCUCGUCGCAAGUCAGUUAA